GUCCGUCCUAUGGAUGUCAUCAUCAUUCCUCCUGAGCAGCAGCAGCCAGGCCAGCACGUCCCGGCCCGGCGCUUAAUCGGCUCGGCUUGUUCCGACUCGCCGGUGCUGAGCAAGCCGGCGACCAGCACUCGAUAGCCAGGAGACACAAAGCUCCGUCCUCGGUACACGCACGGAAGGCGUCGGGGGCGCCAUGGCGAAUGCCUCGCCAGACCUGGACAACGCAGACGCCCAGCGCCAGCUCAACAACAAGAACCGGCCUGUCAGCUCAGCAUUUUGGGAAACAGAGUGCACCAGUGCUAAGCUGUUUGAGUGCUCCCGCAUCAAAGCCCUGGCAGAGGAGCGAGACGCUGUCCAGAAGAAGACGUUCACCAAGUGGGUCAACUCCCACCUUGCCCGAGUGUCCUGCCGCAUCUCAGACCUCUACAACGACCUGCGCGAUGGCUAUAUGCUCACGCGGCUGCUGGAGGUCCUCAGUGGGGAGCUGCUGCCAAGGCCUACGCGGGGCCGCAUGCGCAUCCACUCUCUGGAGAACGUGGACAAAGCCCUCCAGUUCCUCAAGGAGCAGAGGGUCCACCUUGAGAAUGUGGGCUCACAUGACAUUGUGGAUGGGAACCACCGCCUCACGUUGGGCCUCAUCUGGACCAUCAUCCUCCGCUUCCAGAUCCAGGUGAUCAAGAUCGCCACAGCGGACAACAGAGAGACGCGCUCGGCCAAGGAUGCUCUGCUGCUCUGGUGCCAGAUGAAGACUGCCGGGUAUCCAGAGGUGAACAUCCAGAACUUCACCAGCUGCUGGAGGGAUGGCCUUGCCUUCAACGCGCUCAUUCACAGACACAGACCGGAUCUGAUUGAGUUCCAAAAGCUGACUAGAUCCAAUGCCACUCACAACCUGCAGCAGGCCUUCAAUGUUGCUGAGCAGAACCUGGGCCUCACCAAGCUGCUGGACCCUGAGGACGUGAACACUGAGAACCCAGAUGAAAAGUCCAUUAUCACUUACGUGGUCUCCUACUACCACUACUUCUCCAAAAUGAAGGCUCUUAUAGUGGAGGGCAAAAGAGUCGGCAAGGUCCUGGACAACUGCAUUGAGGCAGAGAAGCUGGUGGGCCGUUACGAGGCGCUGGCGUCAGAUCUGCUGAACUGGAUCGAGAAGACCAUUGCUGUCAUUGGCAACCAGAAGUUUGCCAACUCGCUGACAGGUGUUCAGCAGCAGCUGCAGGCCUUCACCACCUAUUGCACCGUCGAGAAGCCCAUCAAGUUCCAGGAGAAGGGGAACCUGGAGGUCCUUCUGUUCACCAUCCAAAGCAAACUGAGAGCCAACAACCAGAAAGCCUACGUGCCUCACGACGGGAAACUCAUCUCCGACAUCAACAAGGCAUGGGAGUGGCUGGAAAAGGCAGAGCACGAGAGGGGCGUGGCCCUGCGCAAGGAGCUGAUUCGCCAGGAGAAGCUGGAGCUGCUGGCUCAGCGCUUUGACCACAAGACCACCAUGAGACAAGCGUGGCUCAAUGAGAACCAGAGGCUUGUGUCGCAGGACAACUUUGGUUACGAUCUCCCCGCGGUAGAGGCGGCCAUGAAGAAGCACGAGGCCAUCGAGGCAGACAUCGCCUCGUACGAGGAACGGAUCGGCGUGGUAGUGGAGCUGGCUGCCGAGAUGGAAGUGGAGAGCUACUAUGACAUUCGCCGCAUCUUGGCCCGCAAGGAGAACAUCCUUGGACAGUGGAGUCUGCUGAAGGAGUUGGUGGCGGGCAGGCGGACCCGGCUGGAGAAGAACCUGACCUUGCAGAAGACCUUUCAGGACAUGGUCUACAUGAUUGACUGGAUGGAGGACACACAGGCCCAACUGCUGUCCAAGGAUUUUGGGAAGCAUCUUCUGCAGGUGGAUGACCUGCUGCAGAAGCACAGCCUGCAGGAGGCUGACAUUGGGGUGCAGGCUGAGAGGGUCGAAAUGCUUAAUUCUGCUGCGCUCAAAUUCACCAGCAUCGAGGGUUACCAGCCGUGCGAUCCGCAGGUGAUCUGUAACAGGGUCAAUCACGUGUCGUCUUGCCUGGAGGAACUAAAGGAGUUGGCGGCCAAGCGGCGCUCCGAGCUGGAAGACUCCAGGCAGCUGUGGGCCUUCUUGGAGGAAUUGGAGGAGUCUGAAGCGUGGAUCCGGGAGAAGAGUUCCAUCCUGGAAGCUCAGGGUUAUGGGAAAGGCUUGAGUAGUGUCCUCAAGUUACUCCAGAAACAUAAGACCCUUGCCGGAGAACUGAUGGCUCACCGAGCCUUGCUGGAGGCGACCAUCCAGCGGGGUCACCAGAUCCUGAAUGAGAAGAGCUUGGGCACGGCAGGCAUCCAGGAGCGCAUCCUGGACGUGACUGACGAGUGGACACGGCUGGAAGAACAAGCGGCCCAGCGCCUCGGGCACCUACAGGAGGCGGUCAACUUCUUCCAGUUCUCUACCGAGACGGAUGACCUGGUGGUGUGGCUGCAGGACUCUUACCGCCUGGUGUCCAGCGAUGAUUUCGGCCAUGAUGAGUACUCAACAUGCUCGCUGCUCAAAAAGCACCGAGGCGUCAGCGAGGACAUCGACAAGCACCGGCUGCACAUUGUGGCUGUGCGCAAACACAUGGGGGCUCUGCCACUGCGCUACCGAGACCAAGAGGAAGUGCAGGUUCGGAUGGUGGAGGUGGAGCAGCUGUACACGGAGGUGGUGGAGGUGGGCGUCCUCCGCCAGCAGUGGCUCCACGACGCUCUGGCGGUCUACCGCAUGUUCAGCGAAGUCAAUGCCUGCGAGCUCUGGAUAGACGAGAAGGAGCAGUGGCUGAACAAGAUGGAGAUCCCAGAGAAGUUGGAGGACGUGGAGGUGGUGGCGCACAGGUUUGAAUCCCUGGACCAGGAGAUGAACAGUCUGAUGGGGAGGAUCCUUGAUGUCAACCAGAUAGUCCAGCAGCUUCUAGAUGGAGGACAUCCGUCCUCCACGGAGGUCAGAGGCUGUCAGGACCACCUCAACUCCAGGUGGAACAGCAUCGUGGGUCUGGUGGAGCAGAAGAAGGAUCAGUUGAACAGCAUGCAGCGUCUUCAGAACUACCUGCUGGAGUGUAGCGAGAUUAAGUCUCAGAUUCAAGAGAAGCGCAAGUCCAUUGACGCAACGCAGUAUGCCAGCAGUGAUCUGGGUGGCGUACUGGCUCUGCAGCGCCGCCUCUCCACCAUGGAGGGGGCACUGUCCGUGCUGGAGCCCAAGCUGAUGCACCUACAGGAGGAAGCGGAGCACCUUGCCACUGUCCAUGCCAGUCGGGCCACGGAGGUCCUGCUUCCCUUUGACAGCAUCAGUGUGGAGUGGGAGGAACUUAAACACACCUUGCAGGGCUGUGAGGACUCUCUGAUGGUGGCCAGUAGGCUGCAAAACUUCAUCCAGGACCUGGACCUGUUCCUGACCUGGCUGGUCCAAACGCAGACAGUUGCCACCUCGGAUCAGUUGCCCAAUGACCUGGAGGAAGCCGAGAGACUCAUCAACAAACAUGCCGCACUCAAGGAGGAGAUUGGACGAUACGAGGAGGACUAUGAGCGUCUGCAGGCCAUGAACGAGCUUCUGGAGUCAGAGGAGGCGCCUCUUCCGCAGGCCGCCCUGCAGCAGUGGCUGCAGAAGCUGGACGUGGGCUGGAACAAGCUGCUGGAGAUGUGGGAGAGUCGGCGCGAGGUCCUGGUACAGGCGCACAUCUUCCACUUGUUCCUGCGUGACGUCAAACAGGCUGAGUCCUUCAUCAACAACCAGGAGUCUGCGCUGGCCCACGUGGAGCUUCCCACCACGGUGGAGACGGUGGAGGCCGCGGUGAAGAAGCACAAGGACUUCACCACCACCAUGGAGCUCAACCUGCACCGCAUCAAGGCUGUCAUUGAGGCCGGAGAGAGCCUCAUCAGCCAGAACAACAUCUACUCGGAGCGCAUACGACAGCGUGUAGACACACUUGCCAACAGGGGCAACCAGAACCGGGAGCAGGCCCAGCAGUGGUUGGAAAAACUCAACGACCAAUGGGCUCUCCAGAGGUUCCUCCAGGACUGUCACGAGCUGGGCGACUGGGUGAGCGAGAAAAUGCUGAUGGCGAGGGACGGAAACCGUGACGACACGCAGAAGCUUCAUAAGAAAUGGCUCAAGCACCAGGCCUUUAUGGCCGAGCUGGCACAGAAUAAAGAGUGGCUGGACAAGAUCGAGAGGGAGGGCCAGCAUCUGAUACAGGAGAAGCCUGAGCUGAGCCAGCUGGUGCGUCAGAAGCUGGAGGAGAUCCGCGAGUGCUGGCUGGACCUGGAGAGCACCACGCAAGCCAAGGCCCAGCAGCUCUUCCAGGCCAACAAGGCUGACCUGCUGGCUCAGAGCUACCGCAGCUUGGACCAGAGGCUAGGCCAGAUGGAGGGCCAGCUGGCCUACGUGGACCGCGGCCACGACCUGGCUACCGUCAACAGGCAGCUGAAAAAACUGCAGACCAUGGAGUGUCAGAUGGAGGAGUGGUACCAGGAGGUUGGUGAGCUGCAGGCUCAGGCGGCCGCCGUGCCACAACAGACACGAGCCAAGGAGACGGUCGAUGAGCAACAGGCUGCGGUCGAGACUCGCAUGGUGCGCCUCAUUGAACCCCUCAAGGAGCGCAGACGCCUGCUGCUGGCCUCUAAGGAAGUUCACCAGGUGGGACGAGACCUGGAGGAUGAGAUGUUGUGGGUGCAGGAGCGUCUCCCGCUGGCCAUGAGUCAAGAACAUGGCUCCUCCCUGCAGUCGGUGCAGCAGCUCAUGAAGAAGAACCAGACGCUCCAAAGAGAGCUCCAUGGCCAUCUCAGCCGUGUGGAGGAGGUCUUGGAGCGUGCAGCCGUCUUCGCCACAGUCCGCAGCCUAGAGGCCAAUGCCGUGCGGGCAGGCCAUGAGCAGCUGUCCCAGCUGUGGGCCCUGCUCUUGGCCGAAACGGAACGCCGGCAGCUAGUGCUGGAUGCCAUGUACCAGGCGCAGCAGUACUACUUUGACACGGCGGAGGUGGAGGCCUGGCUUGGUGAGCAAGAGCUGCACAUGAUGAACGAGGAGAAAGGGAAGGACGAGCCGAGCACCUUGCAGCUGCUGAAGAAGCACCUGGUCCUGGAGCAGACCAUCGAGGACUACGCCGAGACCAUCGGCCUGCUGUCUCAGCAAUGUCGGCAGCUGCUGGAGAUGGGACACCCUGACUGCGAGCAGAUCAGCAAGCGACAGUCGCAGAUGGACCGCUUGUAUGUGUCGCUAAAGGACCUGGUGGAGGAGCGCAAGAGCCGCCUGGAGCAGCAGUACUGGCUCUACCAGCUCAACCGUGAGGUGGACGAGCUGGAGCAGUGGAUUGCCCAGAAAGAGGUGGUGGCCAGCUCGCCUGAGCUGGGACAGGACUAUGAGCAUGUCAGCUUGCUCCAGGAGAAGUUCACGGAGUUCGCAUCAGAGACGGGCAGCACGGGUCAGGAACGUGUGACGGCAGUCAACCAGAUGGUGAACGAGCUGAUCGACUAUGGCCACGCUGAGGCCGCCAUCAUCGCUGAGUGGAAAGACGGCGUCAACGAGUCGUGGGCUGAACUGUUGGAGUUGAUGGAGACGCGGGCGCAGAUGCUGGCCGCGUCGCACCAGCUGCACAAGUUCUUCGCCGACUGCCGAGAGGUUCUGUCUCAGAUUGUAGACAAACACCGCAGAUUACCGGAGGUGCGCGGCCGUCAAAGUGGCACGGCCAACACCAGCAUGCUGCAAAGGAUGCUGCACGGCUUCGAACAGGACAUCCAGCUGCUGGUCACGCAGGUGCGUCAGCUGCAGGAGAGUGCGGCGCAGCUGAGGACGGUGUACGCCGGCGAGAAGGCGGAAGCCAUUGCCUGCAGCGAGCACCAAGUCAUGCAGUGCUGGAAGGAGCUGCUCACCUCCUGCGAGGAGUGUCGGCUGCAGAUCACCACCGAGACGGACAAGCUCAGGUUCUUCGGCCUGGCCCGCGAUCAAAUCAUGUGGAUCGACUCUAUCCUCUGCCAGAUUGACACGGGGGAGAAGCCGAGGGAUGUGUCGUCGGUGGAGGUUUUGAUGAACUAUCAUCAGAGUCUGAGGAAUGAGGUGGACGCUCGCAGUCAGAGUUUGAUGGAAUGUAUCGACAUGGGAAAGAUGCUGCUGGCGGCUAGAAACCCUGCAGCUCACCAGAUUAAGGAGAAGCUGGACAAUGUGGUCGCUAAGCAACACGAGCUGUCUGAGAAGUGGGACAAGCACUGGGAGGCCCUGCAGCAAUUGUUGGAGGUGCACCAGUUCGCACAGGAAGCGGUGGUAGCGGAAGCGUGGCUGGCGGCACAGGAGCCUCUGGUCAGCAGCAAGGAGCUGGGAGGCAGCGUGGACGAGGUGGAACAGCUCAUACGGAGACACGAAGCCUUCCGCAAAGCUGCCGCUACCUGGGAAGAACGAUUCAGCUCGCUCAGACGCCUCACCACGGUGGAAAAGCUGAAAGCCGAGCAAAGCAAACAACCGGCAACGCCUCUGCUGGGCCGUAAGGUUUUCCUGGACCCCCAGGACGCGUCCCCGGCUCCACCUUCCAGCCUCCCUCGGCUGCCCCUCUCCCCCGUCAUGAGACAGACCAUCUACGAACAGAACGAGGCCAGCACGCCACCCUCUCCCUCGCCUGCCACUCCGACACCGUCCCCCUCGGGGGUCCGACAUCCCGCCCAUUCGUCCAUCUUGUCCGUGGCCACGGCCGCCAUGUUGCUCUCUGCCAAUCAGGCGCGAGAAAGCAGCAUGAAGGCGGGUCACCUUCAGCCCAACCUCGAAGUGGACGUCAAGGCAUCGCCGUACCUCCGCCAACCCAAAAUCAAACACCUGGACGACGCCGUGACGCCGCUUCUGGUUGCCAGCCGACUGGAGAAGGCCCGGGAGAAAGGCAGGGAGAUGAUGACGGAGAGAGCUGAGGUGGCCGUGAUGGCUGAGGUGGUUCUUCAGGAGCCUAACCAAGACCGGCUCCACGGAGGGCCCAGGCCCUCCAGGACUAACCCCGAGCCGCAGGUCCAGACUCAGACUGCUCGGCUGGAGCGUCGGCUGUCCGGUGAGCAGCUGAUCCAGGCCCGGAAGAACGAGCUUCCUCAGGAGGUGUGGCGGGAGCGGCGGACGCUGGAGAGGCAGACGUCCAGCGAGCAGGAGGGUCACGGAAGCCACGAGGGCCGGAGGAGGGAUCGAGAACGGCAAUGGCUGGACAGACAAGAAUCCAGCGAGCACGACACCGGAAAAGAACAUUCUGACCGACGCUCGGGCGGAGGAGAGAGGAGAACCACUAUGGCAGAAAUAGUGGAGCAGCUUCAGGAGAGAGAAGCAGCACAGGCCCGAGGCGAGGUUCCGCGCCUGCCAAACGGCCUACCAGAGAAGUCUUCCCGUCCUGACCGGCCUCGAGCCCGGGACAGACCCAAACCCCGGCGCCGGCCGCGACCGAAAGAACAAGGAGAGACCACGCGGCGAUCCCGCUCUGCUCCAGCCCAGAGUGGCCCCACAGCCCCCCUGCCACCCACACACAGUGCACACCACGAGGGCUUCCUCUUCCGCAAGCUCGACAUUGAGACCCUGAAGAAGAGCACCAACAGGUCUUGGGUGAACCUGUACUGCGUGCUGAAUAAAGGUGAGCUGGGCUUCUACAAGGACGCCAAGAACACCGCCAUGGCAUACAACAACGAGUCGAUGCUCAACCUCGCACACUGCCACUGUGACGUCACCAACGGAUACAAGAAGAAGAAAAACGUUUUCACGUUAAAGACGAAGGAUGGCAGCGAGUUCUUGUUUCACGCUAAAGAUGAGGAGGACCUGAAGACGUGGGUUGGCAACAUCGGCAGCAGCAUCUCGGAACAUGAGGAGAUGGCCAAGUGGGGCCAGCUCCAAGCAACUACCUCAUCCACCGACGAGGGCACGCGGCGAGACCGAAGUAAGGCUGGUUCAGAGCAUUGUGGCGAGCGAUCGGACCGAGCCGAGAAGGCAGAAAAGGUGGAAAAAGAGAAAGAAAAGGACAUAGGGCGGGACAAAGACAGGGAGGAGCGCUCGGAUCGCCGCAGCAAGGCGGAAGCCAAACGCUCUGAGAAGUCCAGUAAGAAAAAGUGAUGUCUUCUCACUGCUCCCACCAUGGAAGCGCUUGGAAGCAAAGUGACGUAGGAAGGAGGAACUCUUUGAAUCGACAUCUUUUUCUUCUACUGCGUCUAUGCGGCAAUGCCCCCCAGCUGGCCCUGCAGGGAAGUGCAGCAGGAAGUUGAUUGCUGUUUGUGAGAUAGAGAAUCAAGUAUCUUGCCUGU